GCUCAACCUAUGUUGUUUUAAUUCUGUUAGCUAUUAACCAACUUCAUGUUUGUGAGCCUAAAGGCUUUACUAGCUAGUGGUAAUUGCUUCAGUAAAAUUGCAAGCUUUCCUCUCCGAGAACUUUGUAACUAGGUACAGCUCAAACCCCAAUGUCAUGUGACGCUCGACCUCGGCUGCUCAUGCUCCGGGUAUGUCAUUGAGUCUACCGACUCUCCCUUUCCAACGGCCUCAGAACACUUGAACAAGUCCUAUCUUUGCUAAAGGGCUUGGGAUAGCCGGCAAAUCAAUCAAGAACGAUGACACGAUGACUCCGACAAAUUUCGCUGCCGCGCAAGAGCGGAUUUUGGAACGUCGGCGUCUCCGUGAAGCAGAAGCGCCAAGUCGAAUCCCGGAACCAAGCACUCGUCUUCCCGCAGCUAUUGGGAAACUUCCUUAUCCGCUCUCAAGAGCCUCCGAUGCUGGGAUUAUGUUAUGGGAUACAAUAAAAGGAAGGGAAGGCACGAAGCCCGCGUUUAGGGUGGGUCAGGUAGACGCGGAGUUGUUGGAUGAAGAGCUCCUCGCACUAUUGAAAGCCCAGGUUGGGGAAGGAUUAAAAUACUUUGGGAACCACAUAAAGGAAGAUUGGACGCACGAGAUCCAGUUCGCACUGAGGGCAAUCCUCUUUAAGCUCUCCAUAUGGGAUCACAAUGCAUCCUACGGUGCGGCUCUACAAAAUCUCAAAUAUACAGAUAGCCGGAAAAAGGGUCCCACACUCUCGGAUCCCACGAAAUGGCAAAAAACAUUAUACGGCCUCUUCACAGUUGGGGGCCGCUAUACCUGGGAUAAAUGGGAGGCCUGGUUGAUUGACCAGGAAGGCGGAUAUGAUGAGCCAUCCCCCCGGGUACGACUUUUGUCUAGGAUUACAAAUACCAUUUCAACCACGCACUCAAUUGCGGGCUUCGUGUCGUUUCUCAUCUUUCUCGCCAACGGACGAUAUAGGACGCUAAUCGAUCGCGUGCUACGUAUGCGCCUCGCACCUCCAUCUACCCAAGUCAGCCGCGAAGUCUCUUUUGAAUAUCUAAAUAGGCAACUCGUGUGGCACGCGUUUACAGAGUUUCUAUUGUUCUUGCUUCCUCUCGUCGGUAUCGGGCGAUGGCGGCGUUGGAUCUCAAGGGCUUGGAGGAAAACUAAGUCGUCGCUGAGAGCAACUGAUGAGGGGGGCGAGCAGGCUAAGGGCCAAGGGGAGUUGGCGUUCUUGCCCGAAAGGACAUGUCCGAUUUGCUACCAGGAACAUAAUCCAACAGCCACCUCCGAAAGUGACGUGCUGGGGGCAUCUGGAGCCUCAGGAGGGAUAAUAGGCUCUGCACAGACUGAUGUUAUAAAUCCAUACGAGACCAUGCCAUGCGGAUGCAUAUACUGCUUUGUCUGCAUUGCCGAGAAGCUUGAAGCAGAGGAAGGCGAAGGCUGGAUUUGCCUUCGAUGCGGAGAAAUUGUGAAGCAGUGCAAGCCUUGGAAUGGUGAUGUUCUCGAGGAGGUAAUACCGUCGCAUUCAACAGGCAGGAAAAAUGUGGGAUUUGCAGCCAUUCUUCCAGACGAUGAAACUGAGGUUUCAGCUCAUGCUGAUAAUAUCCCUGCCAUGUUCCCUGACGGCGACGACGACAGCAUGCAGGAAUCAAAUCAGUGGUCUGCGGUCGAGAAGGAUUUAACCGACGACACGAGCAUUGGAUCUGAAAUUAAGGGCUAAGGCCCGUAAGUAAAUAAAUAAAUAACUACCAGCUUGGAAAACAUGGCCUUCGAAUUAUCCGGACCAGCCAAAUGUUGAAUAUCUCUCCCCCUUUCUACUUGUAUAUACUUCGUUUUGACAUUAUACCCAUCCCUACCCCAUACUUGGCGUUUCCAAAAUAAUUACAGUGUUGAUGCCCUUCCUCCAUACACGCCUGCAACUUGUUAUCAUUUUCUUUCUCUUCCCUGUCUCCCAUCAAUCCCCGCCGUCCAUGUCCCGCAAUAUCUUCUACGAAGACAAUUCUAGGUUUAGCGGCCCUAGCUAUGAGAGUACAAUAUCGAUCUAUUUCCAUGUACCGGUAUCUUUUCUCUAGGGCAUAAUAUAGCUUCGUUGCAUCUUGUCAAGAAUACAUGUGUCUUCCAGCCCCUUCACCUUCGUGGCUGACCGCAAGUGCUAUAUCUAUCCACUUUUUAUUUUUGUGUAUCAUUUUGGACAAGUGACUCAAGCAUACAUGGAGCGUUCAUUAUCCAUUAUUUGUAGUGGUUCUAGAGAGAUCGCCCACUCAAUAUAGGUUUGUGUCGAAGGGGAAAAAAGACGAAGAUUGGAAAGUUGGGGGGGGGUUUAUACUUUUUGCGUGCGGCUCUUAAUUCCUUUUCCGGCAUACCAUGACUGUCCGCGGAUCCGUGAGACAACCAACUCGUUCUCGUUAUGCGUCCGUAGGUUCCUUGCACAUCCCGCCCUCGGCCGGCAGCUCAAGUUCUUCUACCGCCGCUUUCCCCGAGGCCCCGAGCCCCCGAGCUCCCGGUUCCCGUUCAACCCGUCAUUCCUUCUUCCCCAUAUUGUCCUGCCCCAUCGUCCACCCGCGCCCGCACGCAAACCUGAGCUUCCAAUAAAAUCGCUUGCGGACCAAGGCCGUUUCCCCGCGCCACAACCGUCUCUACUUCGUACACCAAGCUAUGUUGGAUCCCGCGGAGGUAUGAAACUCUAUUUUAUCUUCACUUUGUAAUCUUGGUAUGAGAUGUUCUUCCGUCUGUUUCGCUGUGUAGUUUAGUAAAAUUCGUUCAGUUUGUGUUUGGCAUUGAGGUUGUGUUGCCUUUUGGGGGAAUUUAUUAGGACCCACCCCAACCAACCCAAGGGGCAUGCCCAGAGGCUAGGUUGCUGUGAUUUUUUUGGCUAAACGGGCCGAGCCGUCACAACCUUGUCUCCUAAGGUGGCUUGCAUCAAAACCACCAGUGCACCACUUCGCCCGCCGCCCCCGACAUAGCGUUUGUUGGCAAUGAAAUAUUGCCAGAUGAAUAUUUAAGCCACACCAUUUAGUAAAGGCCUAAAGAAUGGUCUAUCAACAUUAAAUUGGCAUAUCUUCUCCCCACUCCGUACAUAUGCAUGCACGACGUGUGCGCAUUAAAUGGGCCCCCCAACUACCACGAGGCUCCCAUCCUGCAUUGCAUCAACCAAAUACGAACGCCACAGGGCUGCUCCUGCACGGUCGGUCGAUAAAUUUUCUAUUAUUAGCUGAAAGCUCAUGCAAGGCUAUCUGGAAAAAAAAAAGAAAAAGAAAAAGAA